AUGGCUCCCCUCACUAGGUCUGCUAGAUCAGCAGCGUCGGGCGCCCCCACGCUACGGUCGCAGACUCAACCCAAGCAACCGGAAAUCAUCAGCAUUGACGAGGAUGACGAGGGGGACCAGCUCAUGGACGACGAGGAAUCUUACGAGGAUCAACCAGCGUUCGAAGACGAGGAUGAGGCUAUGGACGAAACCGAUGACCAGCUCAAUGAUCUCAAUGGCGAUGCUGUGGAGAAUGGCUCUGGCGUUCCUGUGUUGGAACCCAACUUGAAAUCCGUCAAGGGCUAUAGAAACAGGGCGCAAGCCUCCCCCAAGCUCUUUACCGAAUCGACCUCCAGCGCCCAUGAAAUGUUGCGCCCCCUUCGCAAAACUGCGGAUCGUGUCACUCGCCAGAUCGAGGCCUUCGCCGAGAAGCUCGAUCAAUUCAAACGGAAGAACACCACCGAUGAAUUCCAGAACGUCCAGGCCGCCUACAAGCUUGUGGAGAGCUACCGGGACUUGACGCAACAUGCAAUGAGCGAGCUCAACCGACAGCAAACCAUCAAGAAAGCCAAGGCCGGCUUUCGGACAAGUACUGGGGCAGAUGACACACAGUCCGACAACGAAGCGCGUCGCUUGCAGCUGCAGGUCGACACCUGGCGCCUGCUCCUCAACCUGAUCAGCAUUGACGACCCUGCCAGUCGCGCCAGCUUCAAAGAAGGCCAACGUGAGGCUUUCCAGAACCUUCACCGGUAUUCGUCGGAUCGUGAGAUCUGGGAGGAAUUCCUGAAUGCGGAUCAGUAUGCGCUUGAGUGUGUGGUCUCCAUGCGAUGGCUCGAGGAGACUGCGAAGGCGGCACCCCAGGAGAUUGACAAAAUGAUCAAGGAACUGGAGGAUCAGGCCGAGCGAGGCUCAGGCCUGUGGGCGCAUGGUUGGCUGUUCACCAAGGAAGCGAUCAAGGGCCACAAGCGACUCCGCGUUUGGCCGCAACCUCUAGAGCCGAAUGAUCCUGCCAUUUCCCGCGCUCUUCUGAACAAGGACACGCAAACCCCCUUGAUUACACAGUUGGACCCCGAUGCUCUGACUCGCCAGAAGCACAGCUUGGAGAAGCAGGAUGGAUUUUACGAGCGCGCUACGUGGAUGGCUUGCUGGAAAAUGCUCCGCGGGGGUGAGAACUGGACCACCAUUCGCGAAUGGGCUCAGAGCCGUCUCGAGAGCUGGAGGGCCGUCAGUCUCUGCGGUUCCAGCGUGGAUGUGGCUACUGCCACCACACGGACACCGGCGGAUGAUGGAAUGACCCGCUUGAAGAAUAGUCGCGCCCAGGACUCGUGGCGUGCUGCCUGCCAUGCUUUGACCAAGGAUCCCAACACGUGCGACUACGAGAAAGCAGUCUACGCGCUUCUCUGUGGAGAAUCAGAGCCCGCAACCAAGAUUUGCAAGACCUGGGACGAUUAUCUCUACGUCUAUUUCAACCGCAUCGUUCUCUCCCGGUACCAAGGAUUCUGCAGGCAGUUCCAGCGCAAAUUGAGUCAGUCGCCUGGUACUCCUGUUGCGUUCAAGCCGGAGCCAGCUGGACAUGCGGAUCUUCAAAAAUUCGUCCAAUACCUGCGUGGUAACGAAACGCUAAGCGCCGAGGCACGAGAGCCAUUCCGUCAUAUUCAAGCUGCUAUCUUAAGCAAGAGCUACGGUUCUUUCUUCAGCCAGCUUUCCCAAGCCGUCUCCCAGGUCGCCAUCAAGAAAUCUGGAAGAUCCUCCUAUAUUCCGGACUUGGCCGCUUCUCACGUGGAUAACGCAAUGGUCAUCACGGCUGAAGACCUGGACGCCGUCCAGAUGGCGACUCAUAUUUACGUGAUUGUCAAUUCGAUCGGUCACGCAAGUGGAGAUAGUCAAUUCACAGAGUCAGCUUCCGUCAUUGUGGCCGGUUACAUUGCCUGUCUGCAGGAAAAGUGCCUGCUCGAUCUGAUCCCUUCAUAUGCUGCUCUUCUACCAGCGGAGAUGUGCCACAGCGUUCUCUCCAAGAUCAUCAUCGAAAUUUCAGAGCAGGAGGAUAGGAAGUACCACAUCCGGGUCAUCCAGAAGCAUGGCAUUGAUAUUAAUGCUGUGCUCGACGCACAAUGGUCCUGGCUCAGGGGUAAUGUUUCCUCGAUCGAGCACUCCGCUGGCCUCACUGGAUACUCCCGAGUCAGGCGCUUGCCAGAUGGCACUCGUGUCUUGAUGCCGCCGAAGAAGGACCUCAUCGGCACUAGUGUUGCCGUUGAGGAUGAGAGGAUGAUUCGCCAUCUGGAGUGGCUCCGGUGCGUGGGUGACCAGUGGUCAAAGAUUUGUACCCGCGGAACCUGGUUGUACCGCAAGUUCUUUGUCUCUGGCAAGCUCGCCGCUGCUCGUGAGCUCGGCCAUCGCCUUCAAAUGGCGGACGUUUCUUAUGAAAUUUUCAAUGUGGAUGUCUUUGAGUUCCCGGACCUGGCUCCGUCACUGGAGGACGCACCCUUGAGUCCGAGCAAGUCCAAGCGGAGCCAUGCUCACCGACGCAGCCUGUCUAGUAGCAACGGCAUCCUCACCAAGUCCCACCAGAAUGCGUAUCAACAAGCCGUUCACAUGUGGAAUCUUGAAACAAUGGCUUUGGCCUUUGAUUCUUUGGAGCAGUUCGCCAUUGUAUACGACCAGUCUUCGAAAACCAAACGCCGACGGGAUUCUGGUUCUGUCAGGGACUUCCAUGCCGAACUCGCGUCUCUUCUGCAGGAGAUAGAAGACUCUGUGGGACUGAUCGUUGAUGAGUGGCUUGGAAAAUCCGAGAUUGAGGAGGAAGAACGAGACUUCGAACACAUUCGCCGCACCUACCUCCCCGAAAUGAUCCUUGAUUACCACAAUGCCUUGUACUACGCCAGCCACUCUCUCGACAAGCCCAAUCUGCUCACGCAAUGCAUGACCGUGUCGAUCUGGGUCGCCAACAACGCCCACUUGACGCGUAGCUUCACGGAGGCGCAGCGCAUGUCAGAGCUCGUGGACUGCAUUGCCUUGGCAGGCAAGGCGAUGGUUCUAGCCGACCCGAAGAACGAUCAAACCUUCACCAAUGGGCAGACAUUGGGCCUCUGGCGGAUCAACGUCUCCGAGGACGAUGAGGCUGCGCUGCUCCAGAACCGGGAGUAG